UUGGCCCACACCAACAUCAAUCUGUUGAUUUCCAGGUCCCCCUCAAGUUUGAAACUUUUUUCACGAGUAGGAGGAGGAGGCGGCAUCGGGUUACAACAAACUCUUGUAACCGAUCUCACAACAGACGAGAGAGGAAAACAGUCUUUCAAUAAUUUACACAUCUGUGCCUGAUACGCGGUUGCAGCACAGAAGGCAACAGCGAGGAGAGGACGUUUUUUUCCCUUAUCGAGAUCCAACAAAACAGGGCAACAAUACAAACAUGCAGUGAAGCGACUUCCCCUGCUCUACCAGGAUGAAGACCUGAGAGAUUUUGUUCAGAUUAUCUAGUCUUCUUGUUGGCUGACAACUCCUGUGUCACACUGAGCUGAGCGAAAGACUCUACAAUGGAUUCCUUCAGCACCAAAAGCUUAGCCAUGCAGGCGCAGAAGAAGCUGAUGAGCAAGAUGGCAACCAAGAGCGUGGCCAACCUCUUCAUUGACGACACUAGCAGCGAGGUGUUGGAUGAGCUGUACCGUGUCACCAAGGAGUACACCCGGAACCGCAAAGAGUCCCAGAAGAUCAUCAAGAACCUGAUCAAGAUGGUGGUGAAGCUGGGAGUGCUCUACAGAAACAACCAGUUCAACAGCGAAGAGCUGAUCCUGGUGGACAACUUCAGGAAGAAAGUUCACACUCUGGCCAUGACGGCGGUCAGUUUCCACCAGAUCGAGUUCACCUUUGACCGCCGCGUCAUGAGCGCCAUUUUGAAUGAUUGCCGUGAACUUCUGCACCAGGCCAUCAAACGCCACCUGACAGCCAAGAGCCACUCACGAGUCAACCACGUGUUCAAUCAUUUCGCCGACUGUGACUUCCUGGCGGCUCUGUAUGGGCCCUCGGAGGUUUACCGUGCUCACCUGCAGAGGAUCUGUAACGGGGUCAACAAGAUGCUCGAUGAGGGAAAUCUCUGACCUCAACCAAUCUCGUCUUCGAACAUCUUUACCUCUAGUCACCCCCUAAUGAACCAUCCAUCCAGCAGGUUUUUUUUUUAAGGUGACAAUAAUGAAAAUUUCCCAUUUGUCUCUUCUCUGUGUUAAUGUGUGCCUUUCAGCCAUUACUGUAACACUGAAACUCUCUCUGCUAGUUUGUCCAAAGUCAGAUUGUUUUUGUUAAUCCACAGCAGAUGUUUUAUUUUGAAUGAAUGUAUAACUUUAAGCUCUUAUCAGUAUAUUCAGGAGAAGGAGCCUUGACAACUGUGCCUUCGAAAACAUAUUUUUAUCGUCCUUCCAAGGGCGGUAAGCUUGCUCUCUUAUUCAAUCAAAAAGACAUGAAUCCAGGCACAGGCCUUCAGUCCUAUCUCUGUAAGGUGUUUUUAAUGGACAAAGGUUAUGGGAAGCGCUGACAAAAAAGUGAAUUUACAUCUUUUCCAUAUACCCAAGGAAGAAGUGUUCUGUUUUUUUUUUUUUUUGUCUUGUUUUUCUAUAAAUAUUUUUGCACUCGAUCCUGAACAAACGCUGUACUGUACCUCCCUGUCUACAUGAAACAAGUCAAAUAAUCCUGCUUAGCCUGCAUUUUACAGCUCUCCCCAUCAUGCACUGAAGUCCACUUUGUAGACAGGCCAGGCUUUUGUUUAGAAGGCACCUAUAAACCUAGUUUUCCUUAUUAUAGGCUGGUUUAUAGCCACCACAUCAAAAAUGAAGUAUUUGGGUCGAAGUGGGACCAUAAAAGUGAAGGAAUUUGAUUGUGCUGCACAUUGUUGACUCGACUGUCUUGCUAGCUGUGUGCUUGCUUAUCUCUGUUUUUUUUUUGUCUGUAAAAUGUCUUCACAGGGGUGGGGGUGGGGGAUUGACACCAGGUGCAAAGGUUGCACUGUCAUUUUGUCAGAGGGGAAUACAGCAUGAGUACAGUGGAAAUGCUCAUUAUAAUAGAUGUCUGAGCCUAGGGCCAGCUGUGUUUCAGGUUUAUCUGCAUUUCCAUGGGUUUGUCCAUAAAAGCACAAAAACUGCAGUUCACAUUCUGACAGAUCUGGACUAAAAAGACUCCCCAUGAGCAGUGGGAUGAAAAGCUGGACCAAAAACUGCAGCUCUGUAUCUAUGAAAAGGACCAGGCAGGGUAUAUAGAGAUUAGAGCAGAGACAAACACAGUACCUGAUUGUACUCUCCUCUGCAAUUAUAGCUCCACACUCCAGGGUGGUAUAAUGGCCCGGAGCCUGCCUCUGUCGAGCAGCCUCUCCACUUCACCACACAGCAGCCUCAUGUAAUGUGACGAAGAUUACCAUCACUGUUUGCGAGAUGCAAGUCCUUUUUAAUGGAGUGAAAGAUGUUGUGUUUCUUCCUUAUAAAGGACCAUAUGAAUAGUUACUAUCCCUCUCCAACCUCACAUAAUAGCUGUCUUUCCUUUUUGUCUAUGUGUUUUUGUAUCACUGAGCCUGUCUGGGAGAUUGUUUUGUGCUGCGGCCUCAUUUUGUAUUCUGUAUGUGUGUAUGCUUGUGUGUGUGUUUGUGUGCGUACCUGUGAGAGAAUUGGAAAUUGAGCCGUGUAAUAAGCGCUGUGCUUUUCCAGAUAGGAUUGCUGAAACUUUAACUCCAUCCACAGCAGCUCUGCCAAAGAAAAGAAGGCUGAUGUCACUUAAAUGCAGUCUCUUUCCAGGGGAACAUUUCAGAAAAAAAAACAGUAUGCACUUGAUAAUAACUCUGCUUAUGGUGAUAAUGAAGACAAAGGUGAUGGCUGUUGUAGUUCUGAACUUUUUUUGUAACUUACCUUUUAAUUCUUCAAUGACUGCCCUGAGUGUAUUCCCGUUUGUUGGACUCAUUUGACUCUGACUGCACCAUUUUGGCAGGCUUUGAACUAAAUCCUUUUUCCUAAUUCCACAAAAACAGUUGACUUUAAUUGUCUUUGGAUGUCAUUUUCUCCAAUCCCUCCACAUCUCAGGGUUAGUUUAAAUCUCCCUCGGUUUAAAAUGCAUGACACACUUUGCAGAAAUCACCACAAACUCUGCAACAGCCCCACUUGUUUUACUGAAGUCCAUUGAAUGAAACCAAUUUAUCUUGUUGGGUUUUUACUUUUGUGAAUUGACAACUGUUUCUAUUUCGCUUAUGUACAUAUAAUUGUUUUUGUUUCUCUAUUAUGUACCUGUGCACAACAAAUAUAACACAAAUAUACUUUUUUAAAUGAA